GCCGUCCCUCGCCGCCGCGGUGUGGCCUCGACCCCGCCCGUGCUCGACCCGCAGGAGCCGUCGUACGCCAACGUGCGCGAGGACAUCGUCAUCCCGUACCCGGAGGAGUCCGACUUCCCGCCCGAUGACCUUGGCCACAACAUGGAGGGUCCCGACGUCGACGUCGGCCGUCACAACCGCCGCACGCUCGCCUCGUUCUCGAUGACUGGCAAGGUCUGCGUCGUCACCGGUGCUGCUCGCGGCCUCGGCAACCUCAUGGCGCGCACGUUCGCCGAGUCGGGCUCGAACCGGAUCGUCAUCCUCGACCUCGACAAGAAGAUGGCCGAGACGGCCGCCGUCGAGCUCGUCGAGUGGUUCGAGGAGCACGGCCAGGCCCAGAAGGGCGAGAUCCAGGCCAUCGGCCUCGGGUGCGACGUGUCGAACGAGCAGGAGGUCAAGGACUGCUUCUCGACCGUCGUCGACAAGUUCGGCCGCGUCGACGUCCUCGUCACGGCUGCCGGCAUCGUCGAGAACUUCCCGGCGACCGAGUACCCCGCCGACAAGUUCCGCAAGCUCAUGGGCAUCAACGUCGAGGGCUCGUUCUACUGCGCUCGCGAGGCCGCCAAGGACAUGAUGAGGCGCGAGGCCCAGGGCUCGAUCGUCCUCAUCGGCUCCAUGUCGGGUGCUGCCGUCAACGUCCCGCAGCCGCAGGCUCCCUACAACGCCUCUAAGGCCGCCGUCCGCCACAUGUGCUCGUCGCUCGCCGUCGAGUGGGCGCCCAAGAACAUCCGCGUCAACUGCAUCUCGCCGGGCUACAUGGCCACCGCCCUCACCCGUGUCAUCCUCGACCGCGACCCGGUCCUGCGCGACGCCUGGGUUUCCUUAACACCGAUGGCCCGGCUGGGUGACCCGGAGGACCUCAAGGGAGCCGUCAUCUACCUCGCGUCGGACGCCUCGGCCUUCACGACCGGCGCCGACCUCCGCGUCGACGGUGGCUACACCUGCACGUGAACGCCCUUCUCUUGGUCACGUUUCCUCUCCUCGCGCCCCUUUCCUCUCUCCCUUUCGUACCAUGCUCGAGCUCUCGCCGAAAUUAGAAGUCGUAAUGCCCUCUCGAGCCGUC